ACAGUUGCGUUAGUGGGACGUUUAGUUGCGCGCGACUCUGUUCCGUGGACGGUUGCCGUUCGGUUUAAGUUGUUUGGUACUAAAUGUGUCUUGACUAUUAACGCGUUGGCAAAGUUUAGUUCUAAUGAAACAUUUAAUUUUACGAACGUUCAAAAGAUUUUACAAUCUCAAAAAUACUCGUGGAAAUUUACUACUUAACCCACGGCCUAAUGCCUCGAGUACUUGCAUUGCCAGGUGCAAAACAGAAAUAGCCAUGCUUGAUGACGAGAAAUAUGUCGAGGUCGAGGCUACCUCUUGUGAGAUGAACAGUCUCACCUGGCUUCAUAAGGCUUCUCCAGGAUUUCCUACUAAUGGUUCGAAGAUCACAGUUGUUCACGAACCAAGUGCGUUCUACAACUUGUUACUCGAUAAAUGCCACACUGCUCAGAAAAGAAUCACUCUAGCUUCUCUGUACCUCGGAACUGGAGAGCUUGAAUCAAACUUGGUCGCGGCCUUAGGGGAUAACUUGGAAAGGAGCAAUGGUACAGUGAAGAUAAAUAUUCUGCUGGACUACACGAGGGGCUCGAGAGGGAAGCAAAACUCGCGAACGAUGCUUCAACCUCUGCUGAAAGGUCGGUGGGGUAAAUCGUGCAGUGUAGCUCUUUACCACACUCCAAAGCUGCGUGGUAUUUUGAAGGCUCUGAUACCAGAUCGAUUUAACGAACUUGUGGGCCUGCAGCAUAUGAAACUGUACCUGUUUGAUGAUACUUUGAUAAUCAGUGGAGCAAACUUGAGUCACGACUAUUUCACCAAUCGUCAAGACAGAUACAUUGUUAUAGAAGACUGUAAAGAGUUGUGCGAUUUUUAUUCCAAACUGGUUGAGAGAGUCAGCGAAUUCAGUUUCAAACUGGAAUCCAACGGCACAACGACGUUCAAAUCGGAAGAAAACAUACAUCCCUACAAAGGGAGACGGAAAAACUUCACCGAUGCUGCCGCGAGGAAUAUAAAAUCCCUGUUUCACGAGGAGAUGGAAAAAAGAUCAGAGAUUACGAAAAACGAUGGAAUCUCGGAAUAUGAUACAUGGAUAUUUCCUCUAAUCGAAAUGGGCCAGUUGAACAUCAGGCAUGACAGCGAAGUGACAUUAAGGCUUCUUCAGACGGCGCAGUCAGGCGCUACGCUUAAACUUGCGACCGGUUACUUUAACCUGAUCCCUACGUACAGAAAAGCUUUGCUCAAUGAUUGCAAAGCGACAUGUCACCUACUCACCGCUCACCCAACUGCGAAUGGAUUUCACGGUGCUAAAGGAAUCGCUGGCGGCAUUCCGUUGGCUUACACAAAAAUUGAAGAAUCGUUUUACAAAUCCUGUGUGAGGAGCGGACAGAAAGAUAGAGUUACACUUUGGGAAUUUGUCCGCUCAGGGUGGACCUAUCACGCCAAAGGCCUUUGGUAUUCCCUUCCUGGAGAACAAAAGCCCUGUUUGACACUUAUCGGAUCACCGAAUUUCGGGUACAGAUCGGUUAGGAAAGACUUGGAGACUCAAGUAGCGCUUAUCACGCGAAACGAGGACCUACAGACGGCACUAGAAGCGGAACACACGCGUCUAUUUUCGCGUGCAAAACCCGUUGACGGUAGAACUUUUAAGGCACGUGAUCGAGUUGUUCCAACGUGGGUCGUCGCCAUGGUUGUUUUAUUCCGCUAUUUCUUUUAAUUAAGUGUAGUCACGUCUUAAAAAGAGUCUAGUUAUUUACACGCGUGCACAUACUGUGUAUGUGACGUGAGGUAAUUGUAACGGCACAAUUGACCUCGGUAUAAAAUUAGGGUGUUGUGCUUACAAUGUUAUAAAUAUGCAUUGUGAGUUGAACUUGCAUAUUAUUUCGCUGUACUCUGUUAGAAAUCAUUGAAGUAUUGUAUUGUUGAUAGUUUUAAUUUAUUUUUCAAAAUAAUCUAAUUUUCCUACUA